CAGAUGCGGUAGGCAUAUCGAAAGAUCUCUGGAACAAAGGCCUGGCAAUAAUGAACUCGACGGAAGCGAGCCUCGACGUCAACAGAUCAACGCCUAUAUACACUAUAGGCACGAACUUCAUAACACAGUGGAAACUACAGAAGUUGAAGCAACGUUCGUGCGUCGCCAGUUCAACUUAUCCUGAAUGCCAAGGAUACUUGAUAAGUAACGCUACCAACUACACCGACGUCUACUUCCUCAAUGGUACUUUGGAUGACACUAUUGAUUUGCAACCCGUCUUACCACCAUUUCCACUCUGGUUGGCUGUGAUCAUAGCAACGUGCCUGGUGUUGGUCAUCCUGCUAACAGUGAGUGGCAAUGUGCUAGUACUCCUCGCCUUUCUGGUAGACAGAACUAUACGCCAGCCGAGUAACUAUUUUAUAGCAUCACUUGCUGCCACUGAUCUACUUAUAGGUACAUUAUCGCUCCCCUUUUACACAGAUUAUGUCUUGAAAGGGUACUGGCAUUUAGGACCUUUAUUAUGUGACCUUUGGCUAUCCGUUGAUUAUACGGUAUGUUUAGUCUCGCAGUACACCGUUUUGCUAAUAACUGUAGAUCGAUUUUGUAGUGUUAAAAUAGCUGCCAGAUACAGAGCGUGGCGAACAAAAAAUCGAGUAAUAUGGAUGGUCACGGUAACUUGGAUAAUACCAGCAUUACUAUUUUUCACAACUAUUUUUGGAUGGGAACACUUUGUCGGUUACAGAGACCUGCAAGAAGGCGAGUGUGCUGUGCAAUUUUUGAAAGAUCCCAUUUUUAAUACUGCUUUAAUUAUAGGAUAUUAUUGGACAACACUAUUUGUAUUAAUCGUAUUGUACGCUGGUAUUUUUAAAACAGCGUAUGAUAUGCAGAAAAAAAGCGAAGCAAAACAGAGAAAGAUGCAAUCAAUGGUAGCUUUAAGCGCUGGUGUAAUGACUGGUAUGGCGGGAAGGGCUGCUGGAAUGGCAGCUCUAUCUAAAGCUACAAUAUCAAGCGAAGAUCAAAUCAAAGUUUCAGAAACGAUUCGAAAAGAUUCUACAUCAAAAGGAUCUCUACAAGCUCCGCUUCUCAAUUUAGGUGGUUCGACUGAUUCCAAUUCAAGUCAAAAAUCUUCAGCACAUAAAAGUAGCGCUACUGCAACUGGAACAUCUACAACUGUUGAAUCUGAUGGAGAUAAAAAAGAAGAUCAAGUAGAAGCAGAAAGAUCCAGCAGUCCAGCAUUUGACUCCGAUGAUGAAAGUACAACUCAAUCCAACGUGAAGAAGCGACCUUCUGUUGCCAACUUAGUCAUGCAAACAGGUGCAUUACAAUUGCUUAAUAAUAUGCGUUUAAAUGGUAACAUGCUUAUUAAACCUGAUAUUAAGCAAUCGCCCCUUUUGAAAAAUGAAACUGAAAAACCGAAGUCAUCGCUUUCGCAAAUAUCAGAGAAAAGCCUUCUCGAUACAGAAAAUCCCGAUACCUCGCAAAGUAAUGGACAAACACCAGCAGCUGCUCUCAUACGAGCAACAGCUGAAGCUCAAGUAACACAACCCAAAACAAAUUUAUCUCCUCCACCACCUAUAAAAGUUAACACCGAGGUAAGUUUGACUACUGGAGAGCGUUCGAAACCUAUUAUAACCCUUGUAUCUUCGUCUUCCAAUAAUAAUGAUGGCCAAUCUUUAAAACCAUCCGAGAGUAAAACUUCAAAAAUAAAGUUAAAUGAUACGCCAGCAAUUGAAAAUAGUGAUAUUUCUAGUUCAGCCGUAAGUGGGGUGGGCCGAGGAGAUUCGAGAAAAGACUUUGUUAAGAAUAUAGGAAAGAAAUUAAAAGUUAAACGUUCAAAGCGGGAUGGAUUAUUUCCUAGUAUUGGUCGGCAAAAGUCUAAAUCAGAAAAUCGAGCAAGGAAAGCAUUUCGGACGAUUUCCUUUAUAUUAGGCGCGUUCGUUGUUUGUUGGACCCCAUAUCACGUCUUAGCUUUAGUCGAAGGUUUUUGUACAGAUCCUCCAUGCAUUAAUCAACACUUGUAUAUGUUUUCGUAUUUCUUAUGCUACGCAAACAGCCCUAUAAACCCUUUCUGCUACGCAUUGGCUAACCAACAAUUCAAGAAGACUUUCACGAGACUUCUCCGGGGCGAUUUUCAUAUUACCUAGUCCAUGUAUGUUGGAUACAAAAAUGCGUAAUUUGACGCUGUUGUAUAGCGUUAUAAUUGAAAACAUUACGCGCACAAUUUAUGUAGAAAUUAUAUCAAAUAGAUCGCUGAUUAAAAUAAGACAAUACUAAUAUAUGAAUAGAAUAAAGUGCUUUCAAUGUAUAGAAAAUACAGAUUAAGAUAUGUAUUUAUUAUUGUGUAAAGAAUUUUCCCAGCUUUUUUAAGGUUGGCCUUUUUAAUAAUGAUAUGUAAAUAAACUCGUAGUGUACUUGUUGCGUAAUAUUAAGUAUUUCAUCUAUAAUGUUCAGAACUGACAAUAAGUGUUAGAUGUUGUAAAUAUGUUUUUCAAUAUUAAAAGUCUCUUUAUAUUUCUAAUUAACGUCAAUGAUGUUAUCGUAAAUAGUCUUGAUACUUAGUAUCCGAUUGUAAAUUAAUAAGAUAGACAGGUUAUAUUGUGACAAUAAAUCAGAUUUUUGUAUCUGAAAUUUUAAGAACA